AUGUGUGAAUCUUGUUUCUGGAAAGUCUUACUGCACAAAGGCAACCGUCCCCAAGGCAACUGUGCCCAAGGCAACUGUACCCAAGGCAACUGUACCCAAGGCAACUGUACCCAAGGCAACUGUACCCAAGACAACCGUACCCAAGACAACCGUACCCAAGGCAACCGUACCCAAGGCAACUGUACCCAAGGCAACCGUGCCCAAGGCAACCGUGCCCAAGGCAACUGUACCCAAGACAACUGUACCCAAGGCAACCGUACCCAAGGCAACUGUACCCAAGGCAACCGUACCCAAGGCAACCGUACCCAAGGCAACCGUACCCAAGGCAACCGUGCCCAAGGCAACCGUACCCAAGGCAACCGUGCCCAAGGCAACCGUGCCCAAGGCAACUGUACCCAAGGCAACCGUACCCAAGGAAACCGUACCCAAGGAAACAGUACCCAAGGCAACUGUACCCAAGGAAACCGUGCCCAAGGCAGCCGUACCUAA